CCACGCAGGCUGUGCCAGGUCCCAGAACUACUGCUGCAAGAGGAGGCAGCACCGGCGGCCAGCUCCUGCCACCGGUGGGGGACACACUUCGGUGGAACGGAAAACCAGAGUGUCCCACGGGGCCAGCCCACCAAGGCUGAAGUUUGUAAGCCUUGGAGAGAACUUCAGCAGUGAUCUCCAAAUAACCAACCAGUAGAUCAAAGAACCCACCAAAUCUCUUCUGAAUACCAACAGUGGAAUGGCUUCAGGCAGCCUUUUGAUCUUUGUCUCCUCAGUCUCCUGCCACAUUCAGCCCCGCCCACUUGCUCGUGCUGGGAGAGCUGCCUCUGGGUCCUCCUCACACACUGCUUCACCGUCAGCAUCUAGAGCUAAGCUGGUUUUGGUACCAGCCAGAGAGGUGCCUCGCAUUCUCCGUCUCCAUUGCCUGGAUCUGAACCAUUCCCCUCCUGCAGUCACACCCAUCUUCUGUGAUUUCCUCAGUGGUCUUGAACCAGGAAACCCUGAUGCAGCGCCAUUGUUCAGGAUGUGUUCCGUUUCUGCUUGAGGCCUCGAAUAGUCACUCCGAAGCAUUAGUCCCAUUUCACAUGUUGGAGCUCACCUAGGAGCUGGGAACACUAUCAGUCCAACACCAGGAAAGUGAAAAACUCAUAUUAACAAAGAGCAAGGGGCGUCCUUUACCCUACAGUCUAAAAUGACCACCCUGCCCCCACUGCCCAUGACACGCCCAAAACUUACAUCUUUAGCCAGACAGAAGCUGCCAUGUUUCCCCAGCACUGUUCCAAGAUCCCAGUUGAUCAAAGAAAAAGAUAACAUAGAUCAUUAUCUGAAGGUGAAUUUCAAAGGAUUGUCAAAAGAGGAGGUUGCUGCUUACCGGAACUCGUACAAGAAGAACAUUUGUGUGGACAUGCUGCGAGAUGGUUAUCACAAGUCCUUUACUGAGCUCUUUGCCCUGAUGGAGAAGUGGGAUGCCCUGCGGGAGGCUGCAAGAGUUAGGUCCCUUUUAUGGUUGCAGAAACCCCUGGAGGACCAGCCUGAUAAACUGGGUCACUUCUACCACCACCUGAUCAGGGCCGAGGCCUCUGAACGGCAAGAACACUUCGAAGAUGUCUAUGACAACUUGCAUGCACUGGCCAGUUACUUCAAUAAUCCUGAAGACAAAUGGGUAAGGAACCACUUCUAUGAACGAUGUUUUGAGAUUGCUCAACGGAUCAAAAUUGACGGUGGGAAGAAAGAAGCCAAGGCGCAUGCGCACAUGGGACUUCUCUUCGAGGAAGAAGGUCAGCUUCUGGAAGCUGCUGAGCAUUAUGAAGCAUUCCAUCAAUUGACGCAAGGGCGGAUAUGGAAGGAUGAGACAGGCCGCUUUCUCAACUUGUUGGCCUGUGAGAGUCUCCUGAGGACUUACAGAUUACUCUCAGACAAAAUGCUGGAAAAUAAAGAAUACAAACAGGCCAUCAGAAUCCUAAUAAAAGCUUCUGAAAUAGCCAAAGAAGGAAAUGACAAAAAGAUGGAAGGGGAAGCUUCCUAUUACUUGGGCUUAGCACACCUGGCUGCUGAAGAGUAUGAAACAGCAUUAACAGUCCUUAACACUUACAGUAAAAUCUCCACAGACCUGGAAGAUGAUCUCAGCCUGGGGAGAGCCUAUGAAGCAAUAGCCAAGGUCCUGCAGUGCCAAGGAAAGAUGACAGAAGCAAUUAAAUACUUGCAAAAAGUUGUGGAAAUUGCAAGAAAUAAUUUUCAAAGCCUAGAUGUCGUGAGAGCAAGUACAAUGCUUGGGGACAUCUAUAAUGAAAAAGGAUACUACAAUAAAGCUUCUGAAUACUUUCAACAAGCUUUUGACACAACAGCAAAGCUAAUGAACAUGCAUAAUGUGGAUGAAACAAAAGUUCAUUAUGGAAUAGCAAAAGCUCAUGAAAUAAUGCUGACCAUUAACAAUUAUAUCGAGUCUGAAGAUCUCACCAGCCUUGACUACCUGCUGUCGUGGAAGGAGAAUAGAAGCAGCGUUGCACCUCAUCAGAAUAUCGGAGGAUCUAGAGAAUCCACAAUGGGAAGUUUGAAGCCAAUCCCAGAGAAUUUGGAAGAAGAACUCAAUGGAUUUCCAGAUAAUCAAAAAAAUGAGACUUAAACCAGCUUUUGACUCAGCAACAAAGCAAGAAGAAAUUUAUCAUGUCACCUUAGUCUUUGAUAACUGUCAUAGGAAUAUGUUACAAAUAAUACAGAUAAAGCUAUAAUAAAACAAUGACUAUGUUUA